AUGGUUCGGUUAACACCGAUUCUACGAUAUAGUGAUUAUUUUCAUAUGCCAAAACGAUAUGUUGAACGAGUCAAAUUCAAUGGAACAGUUAUUGAGGGUAAUAUGAAUGUUAUACCAAAUAAAACAAUAAAAUAUAAUGAUCCAUGGAUAUAUACACAUGAUCCACCUUGGACUGAUCUUGCUCUACGUAGAAAUGAUCCAAGACAAGGUCAACGACGACCACAAUUAGUUGAACCAUUAAAAACUUGGGAUUUUUUUCGUGGAGAUAUUGUUGAAAUUAUGGUUGGAAAAGAUAAAGGCAAACAAGGCAAUGUAACUGCUUUUAUUCGAGAAUUAAAUGCUGUUUUUGUUGCUGGACUUAAUUUAGAAGUUCAACGAAUAAGUGGUGGUGUUAUCGCUGCUAGUACAAUUGCUGUUAAAGAAAAACCACUUAUUGCUCCAUAUCAAAUAAAAUUAAUCGAUCCAUACGAUGGGAAACCAUGUACUAUUGAAUGGCGUUAUACAGCUGAAGGUGAAUUAGUACGUGUAUCUACUCGAUCUGGUCGAAUUAUUCCAAAAGCACCUACAUGGGAAGAAACAUUUGACUAUGCAAAGAAAAAAACUUAUAAACCUGGCCCUGGUGAUACUAUCGAUGAUGAACUUAAGCGUGUUACAUUUCAACCUAAACUAAUGACAGUUGCUGAAGAAUUAAUGAAAGCGAAUGGCAUUGUAGAGACUAAAAAACGUGGCCCCAUAGGAAUGAUAAAUUUAUUUGUAUUAAAAACUUCCCUAUUAACAAAUACAACGAGGAAUGUUCUUAAGAGUGUGUUACCAAUACAACCUAUUCGAACAGCUUUUCUCUAUGAAUCAAGACAUAGAGUUAAUGUUAUGAAACGAAUGGCUAAUCAUGGUAUUCAUAAUGAAUUAGGACGAAAGAAAGGUCAAGUUUAUCUAUGGGAAAAAUUAAUUAAAGGUGAAGAUGUUGUUGUUGAAGCACCAUUUUUUCCAUUUACUCUAGCAGCCAAAGCAGCAAAGAAACCUUUUAGUGAAGUCAAAGAUAAAUUUAAACCUCUUAAACCAGUACGAAUACCACGACCAGAUCCAUGGCUUGAUCGAAAAACUUUCAAACAUACAAAGAAAUUUUAA